AGCACCAUGGAUCGGUCAUAUCAGCAUCCGAACGGUGCGAGUGGGUAUGGCGCGCCAAAUGGACAGGGCGCAAACUAUGGCUACCAGCAAAACUACAACAACCAGUACGGUCAAUCCCAAUACGACUCGUCAGCACCACAGAUCCGCAAUCCCUUCGCACCUCCCAUAGCCACCUACAGCGAACAGAACGCCAGCUUCGACCCAGACGGUGAACAGCAAGCCGCGGCAUGGAGCGCCGCAUACGCCCCUCAACUCGAACAGCCAGAAAAGGCCAAGAAGGGUCGCAACGAUCGCCCGGAGAAUGCCAACUUCGCGCCUCUCGGUCAUCGCCCCGCAGGCGCCGUCGCGGCCGUACCUGUGCCGGAACCCGCUGAUGCCGCUGCGAGCGAGGAGAAAAAGAACAACUUCACCGUGCGCCGGAAAGGCGGCGGCGAGACCUGGGAGGACAAAACGCUGCUGGAAUGGGACCCGACACAAUUCCGCAUUAUGGUCGGCAACCUGGCCGGCGAGGUCACGGACGACUCGUUGGCGAAGGCAUUUGCGCCGUACGGCGUCUCCAAGGCGCGCGUGGUCCGCGAGAAGCGGACGACCAAAUCCAAAGGAUACGGCUUCGUGUCGUUCACCGACGGCGAACAGGGCUUCAAGGCGGCGCGGGAAAUGGUCGGGAAAUACAUCGGGAGUCACCCGGUCACGAUCCAACGGAGCAAGACCAACCUCGUGGCGGUGCCGAUCAAGGAUAAGAAUAAGAACAACAAGUACAACCAUAAGAACAACAACCACAACAACCACAAUAACAAAGGAAAGGGCAAGGCUCAGAAUGAGAGCACAUCUGCCGCUUCGCAUGAUCCUUUGAGGGCGAAGACCGGUGCUGGGAUUGAGAAGAAGCCGGCUGCUAAAUCACAUCUCAAAUUGCUGGGAUGAAAGCACAGUUCAGUGUUUGGAUUGGAACAUUCACCUGUGAACGAUCGUGCACGUCACAUCCAGCUGGGGCCUGCGAUCUACGCUGCUGCGCACAUUCAAGAAAACCCUUGUGCUUUUUGAACCAGUCUCCCACCGAUUACGCGAACGAUGCACACGCUGACGUGACCUACGAGGUUAGGCUUCCCAGAGAGAAGCUGUUCAAGCGCGCACGACGGCAUCGAGAACAAACAGCAGCGCCACGAGAGGCCUCGAAGAAGUGAAUGAUGGAAAAGGUGGUCAAACUUGGGAGA